AUGACAGAGACAACAGCAAACACCAGCGGCCACAGUUCUAUCGUGACACGAGCGUUGUCAAAACCAAGAGUGUGUCCGCAACGCGAGGACGAGCACGGGAAAGCUACGGAGAGCAUGGCAGAUAUAGCUAAUGUGCUAACGGAGCUAAGGGCUCUCCGAGCUGAUUUUGGUUGCGAGCUUGAUACUACUAACUCGCAUCUGGGAGAUAUGAACAACUCAAUCAGCGCAUCAGAGCAGAGUAUGGUUGAGGUGAGGAACACGGUUGAAUCUAAUAAAACACGUGUCACUGAGGCUGAAGAGCGCAUAUCAACUCUCGAAGAUGAUCUGGAAGUGGCUAAAGCUGACUUAGCUAUAAAACGCUCCACUUUGGAAUCAAAGACUGACGAGUUAGAAAACCGGGGCCGCCGCAAGAAUCUCCGCCUAUUUGGUUUACGUGAAAGAGCCGAAAAUAACCAGCCCUUGUUGGAAUACGUGGAACAACUUUUGCCGAGAUGGUUGGGCUGCCACGAUAAGACUUUCACUCUCGAGCGUGCACAUCGCACACUGUCAAAACCUAAACCAGGCCAAAACAGAGGGGUGAUCAUCCGCUUUCUGAAGUUUCAAGACAGGGAGUUUGUCAUAAACACUGCAAAGAAACUCAACAUCCAACAUGAAGGAAACAAGCUGCUGUUUGUCCCUGAUCUAUCAACGGAGACUCUGCGCCAACGUAACGAGUUCAACACAGUAAGGCAGAAGUUUGUGGAGAAGGGGCUCUAUCGUGGAUUCCAGAUUCACCCAUGCAGAAUGAGAGUCUUGCACGAGAGCAAAAUGCAGCUGUUUGCGACGCCUCGAGAAGCAGAGUUCUACCAGAAAAUCAUCUGA